AACCUCAACAUUAGUUUUCAAAUUCUCUUUAUCUAUCACAUACCAUUAAUCUUUUAUUCUUUAGAAUUUUGAAUUUUGAACAUCUGUGAUGAGCUUGACACUAUCAGCUAUUGUUGUUGCAGCUAUUGCUGCUGCAGUUUCACAAGUCGGAGCCGUUACUGUUUACACUCCUGCUUCCGUUGUUGCCUGCUUGCCGGUUCAACUGUCGUGGGUUGACGGACAAGCUCCUUACUAUCUUUCUAUUUUACCCGGAGGCCAACCUGAAGCUACUCCGCUACAAGAUCUUGGUGAACAAAGCGGAAACAGCUUAUCAUGGAAACCGAAUUUUCCUGCUGGAACAGAGGUUACGAUUCAAAUUCGAGACGGUGUAGGAGUAAUCAAUUACUCCGGCUUGGUCAAGAUUCAAGCAGGUACCACUACUUGCGCUCCUACGAGCGCUGUUCCAACUCAUGUUUCAACUCCUCAUGCCAAUGCGACUGCUCAUACCAUUGCAACUCCUCCCAUCAACAAACAACCUGGUAUUCCUCACCCUUCUAAUAGCACAGCUGCCGGAGCUCCCGUGGGUGUUCCGGCUAACCACACCACUGGUAUCAAUGGUACAAUUGGAUUGAACUCUACUGGUUUGUCGAACUCCACCACAACUCUUGGUGGAUUAAGCUCUACUGGCCAGCUCGGAGGCUUCAACUCUACCUCUACUGGUAUUACUAGCACUGCUUCUACUUUCAACACGCCUACGACACCCAACACCAAAAGUUUCAAUGAUGACGACGAUGACGAAGAUCUCGACAGUGGAGCUUCUCGUACCAGUGUUGGUAUCAUGGCUGUGUUAGUGGCUGGAGUGGUUACCUUCCUACUCUAAAUUACUUUAUGUUCUCGAAAGCGUUUUUACAAGGACCUGUCACGUUAUCAAUUCUUUUUGAUUAUAUCCUGUGUCGUUAUCUUGGUGUAUGCUUUGUCCAUCUUAUUUAUUUCUUAAGUCUCUCGCUCAAAACAAGCCCUAUGCUUGUCUUAAUUAUUGAAUUUUAGAACUGAAUUAGUUGGAGAUAAACCAAUGACCAAGUCUUCUACAUAUACUCUGAUAGUCACAAUUUCUGGGUUGUCUCAUUGGAACUUGAGAGUCAGACUCACAAUAAGAGCAACAUCACUUUGCAAAUGUGUGCUCGGAUCCUCAACCUAGAGCGCCUUGAUGGUUGCUGACAGUUAAGUCAAACCUUGUUUGAAUUAAUGAAAUGAAGAACGGUAUCAAGC